GAGUGGGGCUUCAGAUCUAAAGGUCCAUAACCUACAGUGCCACGAAGCUUAACUUACAGAGGAAAAGAGAACCAAACCUACAGAGUGUAAAAAAAACACACACAGAGAAGGAAGCGCCUUCAAAGCUUAUCUCUCCACAGCCCAAGAGAGGAGUAAACUAAUGGGGGAGGAGGAAAAGAAACCUGCAGAAGAGAAGAAGAUGGAGGAGAAGAAACCAGAGGAGAAGAAAGAGGAAAAGAAAGAAGAGAAACCGGCUGCAGAGAAGCCGGCGGAGGAAAAAAAAGUGGAAAAGAAAGCAGAGGAAGCAAAGGAUGGAAAAGAAUCCAAGGAAGCCAAAGAGCAAUCUCAGCCGCCGCCACCUCAAGAGAUCGUGCUCAGAGUAUACAUGCAUUGCGAAGGUUGUGCUCGCAAGGUCCGGCGGUGUCUCAAAGGAUUUGAAGGGGUUGAGGAUGUUACAACCGAUUGCAAGAGUUCUAAGGUGGUCGUGAAGGGUGAAAAAGCCGAUCCACUCGCAGUUCUGGAGAGAGUUCAAAGGAAGAGCCACAGGCAGGUCGAGCUCAUCUCUCCCAUCCCCAAACCAAAAGCCGAGGAGAAGAAGCCUGAGGAGAAAGAGAAGCCCAAGCCUGAAGAGAAGAAAGAAGAGCUUCAGAUUGUCAUAGUGGUCCUGAAGGUUCACAUGCAUUGCGAUGCCUGUGCACAAGAAAUCAAGAAACGCAUACUGAGAAUGAAAGGAGUGGAGUCAGCUGAGCCAGAUCUAAAGAGCUCGCAGGUUGUGGUGAAGGGCGCGUUUGACCCAGCACAGCUGGCGGAGUACGUGUAUAAGCGGACCGGGAAGCAUGCGGUGAUAGUGAAGCAAGAACCGGAGAAGAAGGAGAAAGAGGAGGCUAAAGAUGGCAACAAGGAAGAGAAGAAAGGCGAGAGUGGCGGCGACAAAGGGAGCAAAGGAGGAGAUGAAGAGAAAAAAGAAAAGAAAGAAGGAAGCGAGGCCAAGACAGAGGCAGCAGCCGCAGCACCGACGGAGGAGGAGGUGAACAAGGUAGUGGAGCUUCAGAAAAAUGCGUAUUAUCACUUACCACAUAUGCAUGCCAUGGAAUAUAGCUACACUAAUCCUCAGAUCUUCAACUAUGAGCACCCAACAAAUGCCUACGCACCUCAGAUCUUCAGCGAUGAGAACCCAAAUGCCUGUUCUGUCAUGUAAAAAACAAAUGAGGAAUAAUGGUGAGAGGGUGUGAUGGGAAUGGUGAAAUUUGUUGAUAAAGGACGGUGAGUGUGAAUGGCAGUGUCAUUGCCCUGUACUGCUCUACAUGUGCUCUGUGUAGUUCGUGCUAUAAAAUAUAUGAUCUACAGUAAAGCUGUAGAAUUUUGUGA